AUGGCUAAAAGGUAUAAAUUGAUCAAAAAAGGACUGAAUAAUCCCGUUGAUGACAAUAAGACGCUUCAAGCUGCUUUUAAAGAAGCAUCUUCAACACCAGAGAAGUUUAUGUUUAAUGGUUUAUCUAAUGAAUUUGAAGACAAUGUUGAUUUAAUAAUUGGUUAUUUCAAAGAUGAUGAAUUUGAAAGAUGGUUUAAACUGAUUAGUUUGAAUUAUAAUUGGUCAAGAAAGAGUUCUUUUGAAUCACCAGAAGAGAAUAACAAUGAUAACAAAAUUAGAAAACUGCUUUAUUCCAAAGAAGAAUAUUUUGGUUGUUCUCUGAGAGGAAAAUUUAAGUCAAAAUCAAAAAAAAGCAACGAUGAUAUUGUUAACCAGACAAUAUCAUCAAUAAAAUCUAAUUGUCCGGCAAGACUUUACGUUAAACAACAAAAAGGUAUUCCUGGUUAUAAAUUAAUUGGGUUUGUACCAACUCAUAAUCACGCUCCACAAGAGAAUGGACCUUUAAAUGUUGUGGCAAGAGAUUGGCUAGUUGAUAUGAUUGGAAAAGGUUACACCAGGAGUCAAAUUGAAAAAAUAUUAUUUAACCUUCAUGGUCAAAAAAAUAAAAAUCAAAUUCCAAUGAAUUACAAACCAUUUUUAAGAAUUCAAAAAUAUCAUAUUAAUUACUGGAUCAAACAAUAUUAUGAUAAUAAAAAAUUCAAAUUAGAUCAAGAUAAUAAAAUAAAUUUGCUUAAAUGGGGUGAAAAGAUUUCGUCUGAUGGUUCUUUCAAUUACAUUGAUUUAAAAGGAAAUGUUGCCACCACUACAGGAAAACCGGGUUGGUGUUGUUUUUUUUUUGAUUCUUGGCAAAAGGAGGAAAUAUUGAAGAAGAAGAAGAAGAAGAAUCAGCUGAUUUAUUAUUUGGAUUGUACUCAUAAUAUUUGCCAGGAUUUUAACCAACCACAUAAGUUAGGUUGGACCUAUUUAUAUACUAUAAUGGUCCGAGAUGAUGUCACCGGAAUGGAUACCCCUGGUGCUUAUAUGUUAACCAAUUGCUUAGAUGAAGAGCCAUUAAUUGAGUUUUUAAAAUUUAUUAAGAGUCAUUCAUUGUCGCCAGACCAAUUUAUGAUUGAUUGCUCCUUUGUUGAAAUAAACUCAAUUAAACAAGUGUUUCCAAAGUCGAUGAUUAUCAUAUGUAAGUGGCAUAUAUUAAGAAAUGUUAAACUCAAGGUCAAAUCGAAAAUUGCAAAUGUAAAACUUCAAGAGGAAGCCAUUAACGAUUUUAUAAAUUUAUUUGAAAAUAAAUCUCCACAAGAUGCUCAAAUGAAGAUUGACGCCUUUAAGAACAAAUAUAAAGAGAAUACUGAGUGGUUAGAGUAUUUUUGUUAUUAUGAGAAAUUAAAAGGACAUUGGAUGAAUAACCUGGUUGUGUCAUUUAACCAAAAGAAUGUUACAAAUAAUUACAUUGAAAGUUAUCAUCGUUUUUUGGAACAAAAGUUUAUAAGAGUAUUUAAAAAGCGACAAGCGGAUGAUCUUGUUUGUGUGUUAUACCAUGAUAUUACUCCUUUUUAUAGGAAACGUCAUGAUGAUGAUGAUGAUGAUGAUGAUGAUGAUGAUGAUGAUGAUGAUGAUGAUGAUGAUGAUGAUGAUGCUACUAGUGGUAAAAGACAAGGAAAAAUUGACAAAGUUGAAACUUCUAAUAAAAGAUUUGCGUCUUGUUUAACCAAGGAACAGUUGCAGACAUUGGUUGUGAUUCAGGGAGAUGGUGCCUUUGUUAGAAUUUCUGAAAAAGAUGAAGAAUAUGUUGCUAUAUUACAUUCAGAUGGACUGGGUACAUGUACAUGUGAUUUAAAACAGACGGGUUAUUCGUGGUGUAAACACCUUUAUAUGUAUGAAAGAUUGAAGCAAUUGGUAUUUGACACUGAGUCCGUUGAGGCAACAGAUCUUAUCAAUGGAGUUAGUGACGGAAAUCAAUGUAACCCAGAAAUUACUGAAGAAAAUGGAAUUUUUUAUCCGUUGAUGGAUUUCGAUACAACUAUAACACCACAAACUAUAGAAAAUGGAAGCAAAAUUAGAAUUAGAAUUAGAAAUACAAAUACAAAUACAAAUACAACAAAGGAAAAAAAUCCAGUAUAUGAUAAACAACAAACUGAAAUGGUUGAUCUUUCAGUAUUUGAUGACUCUGGAGAUUUUGAUGAUAAUCUUGUUAUUUCACAUCUGAUUGAAUCACCAGAAAUAACUAGUGAAUAUGAAAAUCAAGAUCUUAUUCAUCAGUUUAUGAAAACAAAAUCAAGAAUAGUCAAUUUCCAACCAGCAUUUCCAACAAAUUGUUUACCAGAAUUACCUGAAAUAACAGAUGAAGAAAAAGAACAUCAAGGACUAAUUGAUUUAAACUUAAUAAUGAAAAGAUUUAAUGAAGUUAGUGAAAAGUCACCUGAAAAACUUGAUAAUUUUUUAUUGAAUAUAAAAAAUUGGAAGGAUUUUGCUGAUCAAAUAGUCACUAAUCAAGAUAAUUUGGCUUAUAAUAUAAAACGAAGAAAAAUAAACAAAUGA